AUGGGUGCGCCUGGACCGCAAGGACCUCCUGGUGCGCAGGGAAUUCGAGGUUUUCCAGGACCUGAAGGAUUAGCUGGACCAAAAGGACAAAAAGGCGCGCAGGGACCACCCGGGCCAGGCGGUCCGAAAGGUGACCGGGGACCGAUUGGUGUGCCUGGAUUUCCUGGCAACGAUGGUGCCAACGGACGACCGGGUGAGCCCGGUCCACCUGGUGCGCCAGGGUGGGAUGGUUGUAAUGGAACGGAUGGUGCACCUGGAAUCCCCGGACGGCCAGGACCACCUGGAAUGCCUGGAUUUCCUGGACCUCCUGGAUCGGACGGUGCAAAAGGAGAACCUGCCAUCGGAUAUGACGGUGCCCCAGGAGAAAAGGGAGAUGGAGGUAUGCCUGGUAUGCCAGGAUUACCGGGACCGCCGGGCAGAGACGGAUACCCUGGAGAAAAAGGAGAUAGAGGAGAUGUCGGAUCAGCUGGACCACGUGGCCCACCUGGAGAAGCUGGAGUUCCAGGUAAUCCGGGAAUCGGCAGCAUCGGACCUAAAGGAGAUCCAGGUGACAUAGGACAUCAGGGACCGCCUGGCCCUCCAGGGCCUCGCGAGUUCACAGGCAGUGCUUCGAUUGUAGGUCCACGAGGAAACGUCGGAGAGAAAGGAUUCAAGGGCGAACCCGGUGAGGCUGGACCUCGUGGCUACCCCGGAAAUGCGGGUUUACCUGGACAACCUGGUAUGCCUGGAACGAAAGGAGAAAAAGGACUGUCCGGACCGGCUGGACCAAGGGGAAAAGAAGGACGACCGGGAAAUCCGGGUCCACCUGGAUUCAAAGGAGAUCGCGGUCUUGACGGAGUGCCUGGCUUCCCUGGUAUGCCUGGACAAAAGGGUGAAGCUGGAUAUUCAGGCAGAGAUGGACCAAAAGGGAACGCCGGACCACCUGGUCCCCCCGGUGGAGGCUCGUACACUGAUGGUCCUCCGGGGCCACCUGGUUUACCCGGCCGCCCCGGAAAUCCUGGUCCACCUGGUACCGACGGCUUCCCUGGGCAGCCUGGACCUGCCGGGCCACCCGGGCAACCUGGUGGGCCUGGAGCUCCCGGGUUACCUGGGCUUGAAGGUGUUGCUGGUCCGAAAGGAGAGAAAGGGGAGAGCGGAAUUCCUGGUGCACCUGGUGUUACCGGCCCGCCGGGACAGUUCGGUAAUCCUGGGCCUAAAGGAGAGCCUGGCGCACGUGGAAUCCCCGGACAGAGCAUUCCAGGUUUACCUGGUAACGACGGUCGACAGGGCCUUGAUGGCGCACCUGGUCGAAAAGGAGAACAAGGUCUCCCUGGAGUUCGAGGUUGGUGA